GUAAUAUGGUGACAUGAUAGCAAACAAGAAAGAGAGAUACAGACAGACAGAAAUAAAGAAGGGUAGAAAAAAAGAAGAUAAAAAAUAAAGAAAGACAGUCAGAAAUACAGAAGGAAAGAUAAACAGACAGAAAUACAGAAAGAUAGAAAGAAAGAAAGGAGGAAAGAAAGAAAGUGUAGGCUAGUAAUUAAUAGGUUUAAUCCAGCAAAACAUCUCCAUUUCAAAACAAUGGAAUUACUUGGCUGGUGUGUGCGUGUGUGUGUAUGUGUUACUCAGCACUGAUUGGAACAAAGGACAUUUUUCUUGCCUAAAGUCAUGCGUCCGAGCCGUUUAACUGGCACUGGUGUAGUGGGGGGUGUAUCUGUAGUCCUAGUGGGCAGCGUACACACACACACACACACACACACACAGAUCUGCCAUGUUUCUGAAGAGUAGCCGAGAUGAUUCCUGUGAAAGCAGUCUUCUUUUCGCUGGCCCUCACUAACUGGCCCAGAUGAUUGUAUGAAAAGCUGACUGUGGAAAGCUCUGACACAUCCUGUGUGCUUUUUCUGUGGAAGGAGUCACUCUUGAACCUUGUUUAACUUUAAGGACUUUUUUAGAAUUAAGCUUUUGUUGCUAGUGCAAAGACAGUGGAGACAUGUGACCUCACCCUCUGGCUCGGAGGGGCUCUACCUCUAAUUGUUUAAUCCCUGAUCCAGCUUUGAGCGCAUGAUGAAAUCCAGUCAUUGCCCCUGAGAGGGGAUAAAUGAUCACCUCAGCAAGACGAAUCACCAGAGACAAACCUGAAGUUCAAAUCUCCUUCAGCCUUGAUGAGUCCUCGGAGCUGACUGAUGCAGAGGAGCAAUUUCCAUCUUUCCCAGACCUCGAGCAACGCCUGCAGCCAGUGUUGCCAUGUCAGUCUCUAAAGGAGUCUGUCCAAGUCUACAGAGACCAUUGCAGAAUGGCGAAAGAGUUUCACCAGGUUAAAACAGAAAUUGCUCUGCUGGAAGACAGGAAAAGGGAGCUGAUAGCUGAACUGGCAGAGGACGAAAGGGUGACACUGGAGAUCACUCGACUAGAGGAAGAGUUCCGCCUUUUGACAGAGGAGAACCGUACCCUUGUCAGCAUGUACACAGAGCGCACCCAGCAGCUGGCAACUCUGCGCAUAGUCAAUCAGAAGAGACAGGGUUCCUCGUGACCCUUUAUCUUUUUGUACAAUGGUCAGAAUGAAUAUGUUUCAAGAUUUUAUUUCCUCAUGAGCCAUCUUAACAUUUAACAUACCAUCAGGGUUUUCAACCCCAACAGCAGUUCAAAAUGAUGAGCAUUACUGUUAUAUAAUGUGAGACUGGUGGUCAGGACAGUGGAAGGGCAAGGAUUUUAUAUUGUGAAGAAAAAAAGUUUGAGAUUACUUUAUCAGGUUUGUAUCACCAGCUACAGUAAGGUGGGAAAAUAGCUCACUAGCACAUAAUGAUUGUAACACAGAUCGUAGAAUUCUAGACAGUUGUUUAAGUGAUCAGGUUUUUAUUCUGUACCUGGACUUACAAUAGAAAAUGUUGAUAAAUAAAUAUUGGGAAUAGUUAACUGUGUCUUGCAAUGCAUAAUAAAAAACAGAAGCGUGCAGCGCGAGUACUGACCUGAGCAAUAAGCUCUUGUACUGUAAAAGGAUUGCGAGUGGUUACAGUAUGUGGUCUGCAGUCAACUGGAGACCAGAGAAGUAUCCAUUUUGACUUGCUUGGGCUUGUAAGUUGUUAACUGUAUAUUAUAAUAAAUAACUAAAUACAAUUAUAUUGAAAAAUAUAUAAUUUUGACAUCAAAUACAAAGCAGUUUGCUUUUCAUAGAACUUAGUAUUUCUAUGUAGCUUGUAAACACCAAUAAGCAUGUAAACCAACUGGUAGCUAUACAUUAAUCAGUUAAUGCAUUUGAAAAUUGUAUAAUUAUAAAAUGGUUACUGAUUAAUUAAUCACAAAUAAAAAUUGUCAUUUAUUUCAAUUUAGAAAAAUAAAUCCUUAUAAAAAUAUAUUUUUCAAACACUGGUGCUGGAUCCAGAAAGUUAAACAUAAUAAUUGAUGUUAUGAUUGUUCCUGAGUAUCUCAGUACUUUAUGUUUAAUUUAAAAUUCACACUUUUUAUGAUUUCUUUCAUUACAAUGUGAUAAGUAAUGCAAGUCAUAAAGAGGCAUCAUUUCUAUAUUAUGCUAUUUUAUAAAUAUGACAUCCCUGGUGGAGAACUUGCUGGGUUCUUAAGUGUUUUGUAAAG